AAAACGCUCGGAUCAACCAUAAUCCUCGGCCAGCGCGUCCAGUGCGCUGCGCGCUCUGAACGCUCCGAGAGCUGAAACGCUCUGAAUUUACGAACGGACAAUCUGACAACAGUCUGAAUUUACUAACGCCUCUGGCACUCCUGAGUGAAUUUACGAACACACCCUUACUUCCAAAUGUCUUAGAAAGUUACUGAAUUACACUAAAUAGCAUUUGAACCAAGGUCUGUUAAAGAAAAGAUGCGGUAUUUAUGAUUAACAGAGCAGUGACUGUGCAAGGGGGACUGCUAUGUUUGCCAAUACACGUUUCCUUCUCGAUGUCGCGUUAAAAAAUAAGUAUUUCUUAGCAUAGCCUGACUGAUAUUUCCUCGUUGUUCGUAAAAAUAAAUAUCAAACGAGUACACACUGUCUGAGGCAGUUGGAAAGGUGGAGCUGUACUGAACUACCCACUCACUCACUCACUCAAUACACAACUUAAUACGCAUGGAACAAUUUUUAAUGAGUCAUUUUUUUUACCGUUCUUAUUGGGAACAGACAAAACAACAUAGCACUGGAACUUAUCAGUAGGCUACGUUUCCGUUUUCUUGGAUUUCAUUUCGUUGAUUUUAAUAUGCACGUAAGGUUAAACGUCUUGAGUGUGGUCUGUCGUUCUGCCGUUUUUUAGCGCAUUUGCGUUUUUUUGUCCCUAGGGCCAAAGUUGUUCAAGCAACAUUGGAUACGCCGUGACUUUUUACAAGUGCCUCUGUUGUGAGUAGGCUAGUGGUCAUCCGUCAUGAUGAUGAGACGCGGGAAUGGACAUGCCCUUGCUGUGCUCCUGCUCCUGUUUUUCCUGCUGCGGCUCCUGUGCGCCUCUGAGGAGAUAACACGCGCCAGACUAACUGUCACCGAGAUUCAAUACCAAAAUGGUUCAAACUGGAACCUUCAGAGUCUUCCUCAGCUGAGUCUGUCCACUCUCGGGUUCUCUCCAUCACAAGGCUCCUGUUUUGCCUGUGUCCAUGUACGUGUCAGAAUGAAAGCGGCAGACUUCACUGGGACACUGACCAUUAAAUACCUGGAGCUGUCAACUAGAACUCCCAGAACCAUCUCGAUAAAAAAUGGAGUCAAUAAUGACACUUUACAGUGGAGUGACCCGUUUCGACCCAUCAUAGUAGGAAAGACCAACAUUAAGCGCUUACAUCCCCAUGACAUUGGCUACGUGAUUGUGUGGGAGUUGGUGUAUGACUGUUUCCCUGCUGACGCAGGGCGAGAGGUGUAUGUGUCUUUGUCCUCUAAACCACAGAGACAGCACAAGUACAUCGUACAGGCGGACAUCUGUCCAGAUUCAGAUCCAGUACCAGAGUUUGAUCUGUCUGUGGAUGAGCUGGCUCGAUCCCUCAAUGUUACAGUAGCAACUGGAGACCACAUAUACCAACCGGCUCUCUCAUCUGAUGUAUACACCAGGUUGUGCUACAGACACACAGAUGCAGAAUGCUCCAACCUUUCUGCUCUUUUUACUAUUAACACCAAUCAGAAUCGGUCAGUGACUCUCAGUUUCCCCUACCUGCUACCCUGUGUCUGUGUACAGGUAUAUUACACACACCUAGACGCAAGGCGAACCACAGUUUGCCCGUUUGUGAAUGGCUCAUUAGAUGGGGGUAGAGACGUGUGGGGCUCCAGUAAUGUGACUCUGAAUGGUGAGUUGGGUUCAAGCAUAGCCUGGAGUGCCUUGUGUCCUGCGGCUUACCUGAAGCCCUCUGCCUCCCUCUGCUGGCGACACCAGAGAAACACACCACAAUGCACUCCCAUCCUCAACUCCACACUGGAGGACAUGGAGAACAAGGGAGAUCUGAAUUAUUAUGUUUCUGCUGUGGAUAAACACCCUCAGAUGUGUGUGCAGUUUUCCUUCAGAGGCAGCCAUGAUGUCCACUGUCCAUUCCAGCCAGGUAUGUCUAAGUGGGAGGCAAAUGUUGGUCCUGGUUCACAAAGUCUCCGUGUCUAUCUCACCUCCACUAUCCCAGCAUCCUUUGCUGCACAACUCUGUGUCUGGCAGGAGAAAGGAUGUGUGUCCAGAGGAGCUAUCUACUUAGUAAACAUGGGUGGGGGCACCAGAGAGACACAGCUGAACCUGCCCUUAUCAUCCCUGACUGAGGGUCUAUGUGUGCAGGUCUGGCGGUCAGAUCCUGCGCAGUAUGGGAGGCGACUACUGUGUCCUGACUAUUCUAACAGGAGACGGGGUCUCUAUGCUGUUGCAGUCUUGACACUUCUGGUUACUGUGGCAAUGCUGGGAAGCCUCAUCCGCUAUGUGACCAAGAAGGGAGUCACAGGUUGGCUAUUCAUCCAGAGGCCUGUGUUGUUGGUGUGUUCCUCAGAGCAGUCAGCCCAUGUGUCUGCCGUGUGCGCUUUGGCCUCCUUCCUACAGGGGGAGUUGUGUGCUGAUGUGCGCAUGGCUUUGUGGACCCAGAGCUCCAUUGGGGCUUGUCCUGGGGCUGUGGAGAGGUCUUGGGCUGGGGUAGCUGAGCUUGGCCCUGUGCCCUGGCUGUAUGGACAGUGGGAGGCAGUCAGAGAGGCAGGAGGCCAGGUGCUGAUCGUAUGGAGUGCAGUGGCUAAAGAAUCCUACAGGAGCUGGAGAGAAGAGAGGGAGGGAGGGGAUAGGAGGGAGGGGAAAAAGACAAGAGGGAGUAAAGGAGAGGAGAUGCAACAAGGGGAAAGGGGAGGAGAAAAAAUGGAAGAACUUGAGAAAACAAGAGUGGAACAGGAGCAAGCAGGAAUGAAGAAAGGAGAGGAAUGGAAAGAGAGUAGGAGCAGAGAGGAGAGAGAGCCCUCCUCAGUGACAGGGCCAGUGUUCAGGGCUGCCCUGUCCUGUCUGCAGGGGGCACGACAGGGGGCAAGCAGGGUGAACGGCUUCACCAUUGUCUACUUCCAGGGCCUCUGUCACAGUCGAGACAUCCCCAAGGACCUCAGAGGAGUCCCACGCUACUGCCUGCCUCGGGACUUCGGAGGCCUGAUACGUGAGCUGGAUGGGACCGCUAGCGGGAGGAACCGUGUGAUUGGCAGCUGGGACUGUUGUCCCAGACUCCUUUCCAAAACACUGUCACUUUGGUUGGCACGACGACUAACUCACAGGCUCAGAGUGUGGUUGUCACAGGAAGAGGAGGGGCUAAAACUGAAAUCAUCACAGGAAGUGAUAUCAGAGAGGACACUGAACAGGCAUGUGUUGUCGCUGUCAACUAAUGAGGAGAGGACAGAGCCAAGCACUUUGCAGCAGAAGGAGUUGCUCAGCGGGUCACCAUGGCAAUGAAGCAGGGCAUCUCAGGUUUCACCUUUAUACAGGGGUCAGACCUUUGUCUUGACUGUAACAUGAGGCAGAGCACAUCGGUGGUGCAGUGACCCAAACAGUGGAGCAGAGACACUGAGCAUUUCACAGGGCUUAUUACCGAAGUCAAUAGGGGGUAUUGAUAAAACUACUAAGAGAACUUACCACUUGAUUUGCCUAAUGGUGAAGAGUAAGUAAAUAUUCUCCUCUAGGCUACAUCCCCCAUAUUUCCACAGUUUAUGCUUUUUAUGCUGAGUGUACAGUUUGAACCUGAACGUAAAGCCACACAUCAGCCUUCUCUAAGUGGGUAUGCCUGAAAGUCAGGUUGUAACUUCAACUUAGUGUAUAGAACUGGAUACCCUCACCACAGGUGCUCCAGUUGAGAGAAAGGAUAUACGUCAUCAUUCACAAUGUCAACAGUAGAUGAUCAAAUAAUGUGAUAUAUUUGCUCUGAGGGCACAUACUGUACAUCCAAACUGUUGUUUUACCCGAGCCUCCACUUUCCACGUCAGAUCCUUUCGAGAACAUUUCAAAAUGUAUUUGUACUGAAGUACACAGCAUCAACGUGCCCCAUCUUGAACCAGCACCUGUCCAUCUCUCAAACUGGUUGGCUGUAGAACUGCUUGGUUAUAUACAGUGCCAUAGAGGAUUAUGGAUGCUAUAUUAUCUAUGUAUGGGUAUAGAGAACAUUCCUACACUGUGAUGACCUGAACUGGAGCGGGAUAGGCCAGCUCUAUAGCAACCGGUCUACUCCAAUGAGCUCCUAUGGACUGUGUACUGUAACCUACUGUAUAUAAGAAAUAGACACCUUAGUGACUCAUUCUUUUGUCCAAAGAUAUUAUGGUUUUAAUUUAACAUUUGAAUAAUUUAUGAUUUUGUUCUCAGAAUAUUUCACUUCGCAGUAUAUAGUUAUUAUCAACAUAGCAUUCAACAAAGAUAAAGUGACUUCUGUAUUAAUGAUGUAUUUUCUCAUUGCACCUCUUAUUAAUUCAGAUAGCCUUUUGUUCAAUUAAAAUGAAGAUUUAA